AUGCGCAACUCUCAAAGACGUCGCGUGCCAGUGGCGUGUCGACGGUGUCGAAAGAGGAAAAUCAAGUGUAGUGGUGAUUCUGGUGAUGGUCAAGGAUGUUCCAACUGCCGCAGUGCUGGUACCAAUGACUGCCAAUUCUUCAGGGUCAACUCUCAUUCCGUGAAUUCUCAUGUGGUGACAUCCCAUGCCGUGAACUCUCAUAAGACCAGCACCGCAUGGCAGCCCUACCCACAUGUGGGAACCACGAUUGCACCAUCCACCCAGCUGGGGAUGCUCCCUCAACAGCCUUCUUACAAGUCAAGCCAUAUCUCUAUGGGCUCACCACAGACACGUAUGGCUACGUUUCCAUACCCGCUUCAGCAAAGUCCAGACUAUGAUCUGAGUUCUGCCGAUGCUCAUAUAUUCGAGCAAUCGAUAAAUUACACGCAGUCCCCUUCAUACGCUCCAUCGGGCGCUCUUAUGGAGUACAACACACCAGUCUGGAGCCCUAAAGGAUGGGACUCGAUGUUCAGCACAGGCCGAGCCCCCAAUGGCAAUCUCUACCCUGAUUCCGAAGCCAGCUUGAACCAAUUUGCCUACAUGCUUCCCAGUCAAGCAAUCCCUUCAGAUAUGUCUCAAUCAGCCAGCUCGGCUACGACUACGGUGUCUUCGGCCGAUACGACCUCAGGGCCAGAUCGGACCCUUCCAACACCUACAUCCAGGGGACAACAAGCUCCCAGCGCAGGCUUCUUACCAGACGGAACAUGGGCCUCAGACUACAAAGCUUCAUUCUGGACCCCUCGCCAAGCAGACUCUCAAGACCAACGACCCAACUCAACCCACACAGUCCCAAGCAACGCCCCCUUCACCAGCAGCCCACCCCAUCAACAUAAAUACGUCAGCAUCAAAAACAACACCCCCGAUAUGCUCUUCCCGUACCUCCCCAUCCCAACCACCACCGAAGACACAAACACAACAUCCGCACCAACAAUAAGCGGGAACACAGCUUACCCCGUUCUGGCACUGGACCCAGAAUACCCCGUCCCAACAAGACUGGCCCGCUCUUCGCGAGACCAUAGCGCCGGACAACAGCUCCUAGCCCUGACCAAUGAAUGCUCGUCCGAUAUGUAUGGGUACAGCACAAGUGGAAAGAGCAAGCGCGGGAGCAGAGAUGAUUCCCGCGUCCUUCUUAGUGGACUCCCGUAUACUCGCGUGCAGCACCGGGACACACCUGGUACCGCAUUUCCGUUCAACUUGGGUCCGGAUUCUCUGCCUGAGUAUCACCGUGCCGUGGUCGAGAACGUGCAUCGCCCGCCUGUUGAGCCGUUGGGUAACCAAGGCUACUAG